AAACCACGUACGUCUCCCAAAACAGCUGCUAACUCAAAAACCAAACAGAAAAGAUUGACUCCCAAAUCCGCGAGUAAGCUUAUCUUGGAAGCUAGACUUGAUGUUAAGAAUUGGAUUACCCUCCCUAAAUUGCCUCCUCUCCGCGACGGAAUCGCCGUUAUGGCGGUCCUUUCUCAGUCCUCGUCUCACAACCUCCGCAAUCCGAGCAUUUUCCACUGCCUUGUCUCCGCCGUCCAAGGCCAUUGUCUACGAUCAGCAUGGCCCUCCGGAUUCUGUCACCAGAGUGACUGAGCUUCCUCCAGUUGAAAUCAAAGACAACGAUGUAUGCGUUAGAAUGCUUGCUGCUCCCAUUAAUCCCUCUGAUAUUAACAGAAUAGAAGGAGUGUAUCCCGUGAGGCCACCACUACCAGCGGUGGGAGGAUAUGAAGGAGUUGGAGAGGUUCAUGCCAUAGGUGCUGGAGUGAAGUCUCUUUCACCAGGAGAUUGGGUUAUUGCUUUUCCACCAACUUCAGGCACAUGGCAGACAUAUGUUGUAAAAGAACAAAGUCUCUGGCAUAAAGUUGACAAAGGCACACCAAUGGAAUAUGCUGCCACUGUUAUUGUUAAUCCAAUGACUGCCCUGAGAAUGCUCGAGGACUUUGCUGCAUUAAAAUCAGGCGAUUCUAUUGUGCAAAAUGGUGCCACAAGCAUCGUGGGACAAUGUGUUAUUCAACUUGCUCGAGUCCGAGGCAUUCACAGUCUUAACAUCAUUAGAGACAGGACUGGAUCAGAUGAAGCGAGAGAAAAACUCAUACAACUUGGUGCUGAUGAAGUAUUUACUGAGAGCCAGCUUGAUAUGAAAAAGAUCAAGACUCUUCUGGGCAGUAUACCUGAACCUGCAUUGGGGCUCAACUGUGUUGGUGGAAAUGCUGCUUCACUGGUCCUUAAAUUCUUGAGGCAGGGUGGAACUAUGGUUACAUAUGGGGGCAUGUCAAAGAAACCAAUAACUGUACCGACAAGUUUAUUUAUAUUUAAGGAGCUUUCAUUGAGAGGGUUUUGGCUCCAAAAGUGGUUAAGUCCAGAUAAAGCUGAAGAGUGUCAUGGCAUGAUUGAUUAUCUUUUAGUCCUAGCCCGUGAGAGCAAACUGACCUAUGACACGGAGGUUGUACAGUUCGAUGAUUUUCAUACAGCUUUGGAUAAGGCACUUGGAAAACGGGGAAGCCAACCUAAACAAGUUAUUAAGUUCUAAUCUUAAAUUUUGGAGGCAUCUUGGUCAAAUUAUGCAGGUGGUUAGUUUUGGAGAGAUCUUGUCAGUGAUCGCCCCAAAAUUCAAUAUUUCAAUAUGGUUAAAGUUUCUGCAUUUCUCCAUUCUAAUUGUCGUCAAUUAAUACAUGACUCACUUCAUUAGUCAUUACUGUAAUAAGAAUAUACUGAGUAUUUAGUUUUUAUUAAUCCGUAUGAAUCAUGGUAAACAAUUUUGAGUAGAUGUUUCGUUUAGAUUUUGCACUUAUUUAUGAAUCACGUUCUAGGAGAUUUUCCUAAAACACGCG